ACGUCAUCUGCGCGACACGCGUGGCGCUCUUUCUCUGUUAGCAGUUAGCCGAGCAGCCGCGGAGCUCCGUGACGAUUUUACCGGAUUCUCUGAGUCUCAGCCGAAAUAAAGCUCCGAGAACGAUGGCUGCUGCCGGGACGCAGGGCAGGAAGAGGCUCUUGAAGGAGGAGGACAUGACCAAGGUGGAGUUUGAAACCAGCGAGGAGGUGGACGUCACCCCCACCUUCGACACCAUGGGGCUCCGGGAGGACCUGCUCCGCGGCAUCUACGCCUACGGGUUUGAGAAGCCGUCGGCGAUCCAGCAGAGAGCCAUCAAGCAGAUCAUCAAAGGCAGAGACGUGAUCGCACAGUCUCAGUCUGGAACAGGAAAGACGGCCACCUUCUGUGUGUCGGUGCUGCAGUGUUUGGACAUCCAGGUGAGGGAGACCCAGGCUCUGAUCCUCGCUCCGACCAGAGAGCUGGCUGGACAGAUUCAGAAGGUGCUGCUGGCUUUGGGAGACUACAUGAACGUUCAGUGUCACGCCUGCAUUGGAGGGACCAACGUGGGCGAAGACAUCCGCAAGCUGGACUAUGGUCAGCACGUGGUGGCCGGGACGCCGGGCCGCGUGUUCGACAUGAUCCGCCGCCGGAGCCUGAGAACCAGAGCCAUCAAGAUGCUGGUUCUGGACGAGGCCGACGAGAUGCUCAACAAGGGUUUCAAGGAGCAGAUCUACGACGUGUACCGCUACCUGCCGCCGGCCACGCAGGUGGUUCUGAUCAGCGCCACGCUGCCGCACGAGAUCCUGGAGAUGACCAACAAGUUCAUGACCGACCCGAUCCGCAUCCUGGUCAAACGCGAUGAACUCACUCUGGAGGGCAUCAAGCAGUUCUUCGUGGCCGUGGAGAGAGAGGAGUGGAAGUUCGACACCCUGUGUGACCUGUACGACACUCUGACCAUCACCCAGGCCGUGAUCUUCUGCAACACCAAGAGGAAGGUGGACUGGCUGACCGAGAAGAUGAGGGAGGCCAACUUCACGGUGUCCUCCAUGCACGGAGACAUGCCUCAGAAGGAGAGGGAGUCCAUCAUGAAGGAGUUCAGAUCAGGAGCCAGUCGUGUUCUGAUUUCAACGGAUGUCUGGGCCCGCGGUCUGGACGUUCCUCAGGUUUCCCUCAUCAUCAACUACGACCUUCCCAACAACAGAGAACUCUACAUCCACAGGAUCGGCCGGUCCGGUCGCUACGGUCGUAAAGGCGUCGCCAUCAACUUUGUGAAGAACGACGACAUCCGGAUCCUGCGGGACAUCGAGCAGUACUACUCCACCCAGAUCGACGAGAUGCCCAUGAACGUGGCUGAUCUGAUCUAACCUGGAUGACAUCACAGCGGAGCCCCGCCCCUUUUCUUCCUGGUGUUUCUUUGUUUUAUAAUAGUUUGAGGUUUUUGUUUUUAUUUGACCGUUGAGGUGAAACAACUGUAAGAGUCCGUCUGCUUUUGUAAAUAAAGUUUUGGUUCCACGUC